GCUUUCCUGAUCAGACAAAGAAAGCUGUACUCAGCUGCUGCACAUUCAUUGUCAAGAUCUAAAUGUACUGUCACUUUGCCAGGCAACGCUUGAGGAAAGAUUGUGUGGAAGGGCACAACGUAUGAAAUUUGACCAGGAUAUCUAUAAACAGACCUCUGUAAUCUGCAGCCAAAAGGUGCUGCCGGGGUUUAUGUUUGAGAGAUGUUGUUGAGCUCUACUAGAUGAACAGCUCGGAACUAUAAUGUGUUCCAUGGUUACUAACCAGAUAAGGGGCAUGGCCAAAAGUUUUUUGUAUUGCCGUUUUGCAUAUUAAUGCAACUGUGGUGACCAUCUUCAUUUGUAGCAUUCUACUUGGUGCAUACCUUUUGAUGGUGGUAGAGCAGCAAAGUCUGACAGGCUCUCUUUCAAAACCAGGGGAGGAAACACCUGAAAGAUGAAGCAAUAAGGAUUCUGUGACCAGAUUUACAGGGAAGAAUCCUUUGCUGAGCUUCAGUUAACUUGACAGUGAAUGUCUGGAUUUUAUUUGUAUUUUUAAGUGUGUCUUCAACUAAGGUAAUGGAGAAGGACCAUCCAGCGUUUUUUAAUUUUUCACCUGAACAAUAAUGUUAUAUAAACCAUGUCUGGAUUAAAACCUACAGCAUACCUCUUGCAAGGUGGGAUCCAUGAGCCAAUGAUUUCUCCAGCUCUGAGGAAUACUGUAACUGUGAACCCCCUGACCCCUUCUCCACCAAGCCUAUCUUCAGUAUCCAAGAGAAGCCUAUCUGUCCACAGGACACCAGCUGCAGCCUCAGGAACCCAUUCAGCUAGUUUCGCAGCCACCUUGAGGAAGCUGGCCAAACAAGCUGAAGAAUCACGAGGAUAUUCAGACUCUUCCUACAGUGAUGAUAUUUCACCUGCAUCCUCAGCAGCAGUGAAUCCCAGAACCCCAAGCUGCAGUCCCAGGAAGGCCUCAGCUGGAAGCCAAAGAUCUGUAAAGCCAGCUCCUGCGGUAACCAUAGCACCCAAUGAGGCUGGAGGUGACCUAUGGAGGAACGAAGGCAGUCAGCAAUUUGCAAUUAGACCGAGUAGCUAUGACCCUCACUCAGCAACCCCACUGCUAAAACAAGAAAAGGCUGCUAUGUCUCCAGUCCCUACUCGUUAUAUACCAAGGAACACUGCAAUGGAGUUACCAUACUCUUCAGUUGGUUUGCAGAGACCAGUGCAACAGGUAAUACCACCAGGAAAGAGACCUGAUGGUUAUCAAACAGGAUUUCAUCCAGACCUCAGCAGAGAUGCAAUUCGACCUUUGCCAACUUAUCCUGGCCUUGAUACCACCUCCUGCUUCUAUCCUGCUUUCUUAGGUUACCUUCCACUGCAGCCCUCCUUGUACAGCAGAUAUGAUGACCCAUAUUUUCUAUCCAUUCGGACACCUUUUCUACACCUUCAUGAAACAACUACCUUCUCUCCACUUCAAACCUCCACACUUCCCUUUUCCAAGGACCUCUUAGAGUCAACAAGUGUCAUGCCCACAGGUUUGCAACAAGGACAUCAGCCAGGCCAUGCUGAUGAGAGGAAGAACAAAGAUGUUCCAAGUAGUAGAGCCAGGUGCUGUAAACAAGAAAGAGCUCAUCGUGUUACCCCAGGCAGUAUAAGAGACCAAGAUCCACCAACAGAGGAGAGUAGGAGACUCCGAGAGGCAGCUUGGGAGAGAAACUGUAGCAGAAGGACUGAAUUAAAGCAGAAAAAGAACCAAGAUGUGAACAGCCCACCACUACAUCCAAAGCACUAUUUUAACAGACAAGACAGCAGCAAGCUUGAAAGGAAUCCUUAUUUUCCCUUAUUUGGACAUAGCACUCAGCCUCUUCACAAAAUGGGUCAUGAAAAAGGAUCAUGGAAAGACCUUUCAUCUUCUCUUCCAGAGGUGCCAAAUUAUAUUUCAUUUGGGAGAAUACAGAGAAAUUCAGAAACUAAGAAUACUGUUGGCCCUGUUUCAUUUUCACCAAACAGGCUUCAGUGUUUAAGCCCCUCAUCUUCCUCUCCACACAUUGAUAAAGCAAACCUAAACAGGCGGCUGUUAGAAAGAGAGGCAGCUCUCAUCACCAUGAGAGAGACUCAAAAUCAUCUUCAAAAUAACUUCAACAAAAAGGCUAACAACUUCAUUGGCAAGAAAACUGGUGACACAAGCAGACCUCCUAAAGACAGAGAAGACGGGGCACAUCUAAGCAGCACAGAACCAUUAAAUAAUUUUUCACCUGCCACAUGUUCAAAAAAAUUCUUCAGGGAGAUGUCAACAGAGCCACAGGAUUCCUCAGGGGCACUGGACUUCAGGCAACAAAGCAAAUAUGAAAACAGGGCCACAGACAAAACAAAACACUCACUGAAGAUAUGCACAUCAGAGCUACAAAGACCUUAUAGGGACAAAAGUAUAUCAUUGGAACAUAAUGUUUCAGGGAUGGGUUCUAUGCCAGAUUUAUUAACUCAGAUCCCUUAUUAUCUUAGAGUAGCUUAUAACAACUCUAAGCAGGAAAGCACUGGGAGUAAUAGCACCCUCCAAGACUCCCAGGAACAAUGUUUGGAUUUAUCCAUCACUUCACCUGCAGGAAAUAUGAAGCUCAGAAAAAUUACAAGCUCUCAGGUUCAAAACACAUCUUUGCCAAACAGCAUGGACCCAGACAGUCAAAGAACUAAUACUGAUGCUCUGCUGAUACAGAGGUCUGUUGUCAGCAACCUAAAUAUCUUAGAAAGGAAAUUAAAACAGGCCAAGAAAAGAGAUCUGCCCUUUAACUGUGACUUUUCUGCUUAUGGAACCUGUAAGAGAAGGAUGAGUACAUUGGGGAGCAAACUUAUAGCUCAGCCACCUGUCAAACUGGACAACUCACCUGCGGAAGUGGUAUUUCUUGACCUGCUUGGUCUUACCACUAAAAAGGAAGGAGUGAAGCAGCAGAGGAAAGGUAGGCGGUUGCUAGAUGACUCCAGUCCAGAUGUACCCCCUUUACAGAAGAGUAGACCAACCUUGUUUUCUGCUGCCAAGUCAAACAGUCAGGAAAAAAAUGGAGCCAUGGACACAGAUGAAAAGAAACAGUUUCUUGCACACCUUGAAUUAAAGCCCCUCGUUCCUUUUCAAAGAGAAGUGAGUUAUUCAGAAUACAAUACCAAUUCUCAAUUGUCAGCCAAGAUGCAGACAGGGCAGACAAAGAGUUCUGAUCAGUCUGAAGAGGACCAAAGUGAGGGCAUUGCCAGUGAGGAUGAAAUGGUGUGGCAGACAAAAUGGCAUGGCAUUGCCUCUGUGUUCGAAACCUACCAAGAGUACAUUGAAGAGAAAGACUUGGAGGAAAGUGUUCUUCAAGAGCAACUGAGAUACCUAAAAGAAAAAAAUGAUGAACUGAAUUGCAUUGCACAUAACCUCAGCUCAUAUAUGCAGGGGCUGGAGGCAAAUAAACAGAAUUUGGAAACUGAGCGAAAACACCACCAGGAUGCUCUUGACUGCCUGAAAAAGUCAGUGUAACAGAAGAAAGAACCAUUAUAAGGGAGGAAAGGCAAAAUGUUGUACAUUUUAUACAUCUGCACUUGAAGAGCAUUACAAAGGCAGUUCUGUUGUAUCUAUUGUAUUGUUUUAAACAGAUACCAAAAUAUCCACUGUAUUGUUCAAUGUACUUAGUUAUGCAGAUCAAAAGUAUUAAUACCAUUUAUGCAAUUGCAAGAAUUACCUUUUAUAUCUAACUAACAUUUGCAAAUUAAGCAAACAAUUUUUAGAAAUGUAUUUUUUUAAAUCCUCAGCUUCAUUGUGAUUUAACUAGAAGGGUGAUAAACAAGUUAAACAUUGCCCUACUCACCCAAAAUGGAUGAUUUGCAGUAAUCUUUUUGUCAGAUUUUCCAGAUUCAGGUUCCCACUUCUCUCUUUUGAAUACAGUGGCUCUCAGAAGUAUUCACCCCCCUUGGACUUUUCCACAUUUUAUUGUG